CAGGCAUACUGUCAAAUCCAUCUAGUCCGAAGGCACCGGUUGUCGCUGGCUCUUGUUGAUUUUUGUCACAAUUUGGUUCAGUUCAUUGACUUUGUGGACGCACAGUUAAUUCAAUAUAGUUGUGUCGGUGUCGCGUCUAAUCUCGCACACAAUGGCUGACCCUAAAUACGCCAAUUUACCAGGAAUUGCCUUUAACGAACCAGAUGUGUACGAGACAGGUGACCUCCCAGAAGAUGAUCAAGCUCAGUUUGAGUCGGAGGAGCUCUGCAGUGACAGUGUGGAGAGGAUCGUGGUCAACCCCAACGCUGCUUAUGACAAGUUCAAGGACAAGCAUGUCACCACGAAGGGACUGGACUUCUCAGACAGAAUCAGUAAAAGCAGAAGAGUGGGCUAUGAGUCAGGAGAUUUUGAAAUACUCGGAGAAGGCUGUGGCGUCAAGGAAACUCCCCAACAGAAGUACCAGCGCCUAGUGACCGAAAUCCAGGAGCUCAGUCAAGAAGUGGAAACCAUUCAGACUGUCACAAAAGAGAGCAAUGCAGAGGAGCGUCUGACCCCGGUGGUGCUCGCCCAGCAGGCGGCCCAGCUCAAACAGCAGCUGGUCUCUGCUCACCUCGAUUCACUGCUUGGACCGCAGGCGCACAUCAACUUGGCUGAUCCAGAUGGAGCGCUGGCCAGGCGUCUGCUCACACAGCUGGAGGCGGCAAAGGGCAGUCGCAGCUGCUCUGCGGGAGACGGCAAGCUGCCAACGCCAGCCAAGGGCCCUGAUGGCGUGGUUCUGUACGAGCUGCACAGUAGACCCGAGCAGGAGAAGUUCAACGAGUCUGCCAAGAUGGCAGAAUUGGAGAAGCGUCUUGCAGAGCUGGAAGUGGCUGUUGGCUCAGGAUCAGACAAGCAGGGACCUCUGAGUGCUGGCAUGCAAGGAGCCAGUUUGAUGGAUACUUUAGAACUUCUGCAGGCCAGAGUCAGUGCACUGGACUCAGCUACUUUGGAUCAAGUGGAAGCCAGGCUGCAGAGUGUCCUUGGAAAAAUGAAUGAGAUUGCCAAACACAAAACGGCCAUUGAGGAUGCUGACACACAAAACAAGCUGUCACAGCUUUAUGACACGGUGCAGAAGUGGGAGGCCAUGUCCACCUCUGUACCCCAGGUGGUCCACAGACUCGUUGCUGUCAAGGAGCUGCACGAGCAAGCCAUGCAGUUUGGCCAGCUGCUGACACAUCUGGACACGACUCAGCAGAUGAUCAACAACUCUCUGAAGGACAACAACACUCUGCUGACUCAGGUCCAGCAGACCAUGAAGGAGAACCUGGUGGCCAUCGAAGAGAACUUUGCAGCAUUGGAUCAGAGGAUGAAGGAGGUGUCUCAAUAAAGCUGGGCAGCACCUAAACAAGGACACAUGAAGAGAUAAGUUAGUUGGAGAGCAGCAGGAUGGGACUGACUGACUUCUUUUGUGACUCUCCCUUCCUUAAAGCUCCUUCCCUCCACCUCUGCCUUUUCCACUGACAAUGGAAAUGGAAAGUUAAGACCAUUUUGAAAUGCAACAUUCAGUCCUAUUAAAUGGCUCCCAGCAAUGCUGGAUACAUACUGUAUAGAUAAAAAUACACACGUUUUGUGCUAAAUGUGAGGGCCUCAGAAGGAAAAAUUGUAAAUAUUCCUCCAUACCUAUUUUCUUUGCUCACACUCGGUCGCUUGUAUUUAUAUUAUUCUGACCGGGAUGAACACCACACUCACCCGUUCAUCUGCUUCAACAUUGCCUUCAAGUCAACUGUAUUGUGGCCACGCAAACCCAUCAAUAAAUACGAUUAACUCA